AUGGUGAACGGGACCGCCGCCGUGUUGGAGCCCACAUUCACCGGGUAUGUCGCAACCACGCAGGACGCCCUAAUCCUUUUCGAGGCAUGCUUGACCGGUGUCUUGCAUCAUGUCCCGCGCCGCCCUCACGACCGGGAACGGAGCCAUCUGGUGCGCAGCGGGAGCGUCUUCAUCUAUGAGGAGAAUGCCUCGGGGAUCAAGCGCUGGACCGAUGGAGUCACCUGGAGCCCGAGUCGCAUUCUGGGAAACUUCCUAGUCUACCCCGUUUCCCCCGGGGAGAAGAAGCGCGCCAUGAAGAAGGCCACUCGACGACCAGUGCCCGCCGGCCGGCCGGGCGAACCGUAUCCGCGACAUGAUAGCAGCCAGGGCUAUUCUCCGACAUCGCCCAACUCUGCGCCUUUUUCGGACCGUUCGUCCCAUCAAUCGGAGCUCGAACGGGCAUUGGUGGGGUCUCUAGUUGAUUCGUACGGCUUCAAGGACUCGGGGUUAGUCAAAAAGACGAUGAGCGUGACAGUCUCCGGCGUGACCCACCAUUUGGUCUCAUACUACAGUGUGGAGGACGUGAUGCGCGGUAUCCUUAACCCACCUUCCAUGGUGGAUUCCCUACGUUUUAUCCGACCCCGCACCGAACUCACCCAGAAACAAAGCUUCCGUUCCCCGAUCGACGAGCUCGAGGCCAACGCCGUGGAGAGCCAGGAGCCCUCCCACGCCGCGCUAUACGGAUAUCGCCCGCAGAUGAUGGCCCCACCCGCUUACGCUAUGCCCACCCCUUCAAACGACUUCUAUAUGCACCCUAGCCCGUAUGCCGCGACACAUCCCCCGCAGCAAGGCCCGAUUCAGGGAUAUUCCAUGGGCGCGCCGAUGGCAAGCCCAUCCGCGCCAAAUCCGUACCUGCCAAACCCAGGACAAUCCGCCAUUCCCCCAAAGCAGGAAGAUUAUCACUCCUUCCGGCCCUACGGCGGCAGCAUGGACUCGAUGAGCGCACACAGUAUGGCCUCCAUUCCAGGCGGCAUCAAUGCGGGACUCCCCAGCUCGAUCAACGAACGUAACCGAUCCGCCUCGGAACACAGCCCUUCCGCCUACCGCAACUCUUCCAUCUCUUCGCGCAGCCAGGCAACCGAUGCUACCUCCCCCAUGGAUCCAUCCACCCCGGCCACCUACUCCCGCAGCAGCUUCAGCAUCUCCGGCCAGCUGGAAAACCCACACCCAGCCCUCGAUCGGCAUAUGCCUGGUCUCGAUCCUAACGUUCCUCGUCGCGAAUCAAAUCCCAUCCAUCCGUCCUACUACAACACGGAUCGCUCCCAGUACUACGUCCCUGGGCCUUAUGCUGCCACGCAACCCAUGUCGACAUGGACGACUACGGCGGCGACGCAACCGCAAAUGGCGCAACCUCAAAUCUAA